GUUAGAGUUUUUUGUCCGUCUUUCAUUCAUAGAGCGGGGUUUAGCGGGCUUUUGGGAGUGAGGAGCAAUGUUGGAGAAAAGUUGUUCUGACAGAGGCGAUGACUUCGAGCGCUAGAUGUCGUCUCAAUCGCUUUGUUAUGCAACAUGUGGUGCAAAAGAAUGUCGACAAUGAUGCUUCUGAGGCGAUCAACGUUCCCCAAGGGCUUCUUUGGCCUGAGAAGUCCCUUUGUCCGGUUCCAAUCCGAUUUCCCGGAUCUGACCACUUCUGUCGAGGUCCAUGCCCACAAAUUAUCCCGACCCGUGAAAAAGGCCCAGCCCAAAAUAACUCCGAAGCAAAAGCUGGAUCUCAAGACCAAAGCACGGGGCUCAUUGAUUCCCGAGACUCUAGAGAAUAUGUCUUCGGACGAAGACUUCUUGAAAGCGGCGGGAGAGCUCAAGCGGUUUGGACAAGCCGCAUUGACCAAGGAGGAGCGGUUAAAGCGUCAAAGAGCUCUGGAUAACAUGGGUAUCCCCAGCUUUAGCGAAUUCAUCCGACAAAAAGGGCUGCCUCAACUCCAACGGCGACAAACGGAGAUCCUCCAAUUGAACAUUGGCUUGUAUUGCAAUCAGGCUUGCUCGCAUUGUCAUGUGGAGAGCUCGCCCAAGAGGACCGAGAUGAUGACUUGGGAGACAGCGAGCAAAUGUGUGGAGCUGUUCCAGAAGUCGCACCAUAUCCAUACAGUGGACAUCACAGGUGGAGCACCUGAACUCUGUCCAACUUUCCGACCUUUGGUAACCGCAUUGCGGCAACAAAGCAACGACCUCACCAUCGUUGACCGUUGCAACCUCACAGCUCUGCUGGAACCAGACCAAGAGGGUACCAGCCAAUUUUUGGCCGAUCAUAGAGUCCAAGUAAUCGCAUCUUUGCCGUGCUAUUCAGCCAAGAACGUCAAUCUUCAACGAGGGUCGGGAGUGUUCCAAAAAUCGAUCCAAGCCCUGAUUGAGCUUAACGACUUGGGUUAUGGUAAAGCGGGAUCGGGUCUCGAGCUUCACUUGGUUUAUAAUCCAUUGGGCGCUUUUUUGCCACCAGAGCAAAACAAGCUGGAGGAAAAAUACCGUGAGGAACUAUGGAGUGAACUUGGUAUCGAAUUCAAUCAGUUAUUUGUCAUGACAAAUAUGCCCAUCAAGAGAUUUGCUGACUUUCUGUACCGCCGAGGGGAACUUGAGGACUACAUGAGCUUGCUGGUGAGAAAUUUUAAUGUCAACACGUUGGACAAUGUCAUGUGCCGGAACCUGGUGAGCAUUGGUUUUGAUGGAAGAGUCUUUGAUUGCGACUUCAAUCAACAAUUGGCUAUUCCGACUCAAUCUCGUCAUAUAGGUUUGGGAAUGACGGUGCACGAUUUAGUGACUUUCCAGGAUUUGGAGGGAUCUGACAUUCCCGUGGACAACCAUUGCUUUGGCUGCACUGCCGGUCAUGGAUCAAGCUGACUGGGAAAUGUGGCUUAAAUUUGGGAUCAAACGAGCUCAUGGUUGAAGCCAUCAACAUUUUUGUGCAAGUCACAAUCAUGAUUU